AUGUUAAUCUUAUUUAGGAACUACAUUCGCACUUUUCUUGCUGGGAAACUAGUGUUUCCACCGGACACCCAAGAAUAUUUGUUUGACUUCAAUGAUCUCGAAGAACUGGGGUCACUUGGACAUGGGAGCUUCGGAACAGUGGCAAAGAUGCGACAUAUUAUGACCAGGACGGAGAUGGCCGUAAAACGUGUGCGGAUUAUAAGUUCGGGAUAUGACGAUUCAGCCAAUUAUCGAUCGAUGAAGCGUCUAAAACUCGAAGUGGAUGCCAUAAAAUCCGCCAGUAAUUGCAAGGAGAUCGUUCAGUUCUACGGAAUAACAUUCCAUGAGGGCGAUGCUUUGGUUUGCAUGGAACUCAUGGACAUCUCAUUGGAGGGGCUCUACAUCGCCGUACACCAAUUAGGUUAUCCUGCUUUUGAUGAAAAUACGCUUGGUAGCGUUGCAAUUAGUACGAUCAUUGCAUUGAACCAUAUGAAAAGUCAGUAUCACAUUAUUCACAGAGACGUGAAGCCUUCAAAUAUCUUGUUAAAUGAGAAAGGUGAAGUGAAAUUAUGCGAUUUUGGAAUCUGUGGAUAUCUUCAGGAUUCCGUUGCUCAAACUCAAGAUGCUGGAUGUCGCCCAUAUAUGGCUCCCGAGCGCCUCAUUGCCUUUUCGAAAGGCUACGAUAUUAGAUCUGACGUGUGGUCUCUGGGAAUUUCAAUGGUCGAAGUUGCGAAUUUUGCAUUUCCCUAUCCUGGGUUCAGUUCCAUGCCAUUAUUCGCUCAACUAGAUCUCGUUGUUCAUGGUGAUGCACCAAUGGUCUCUAAUCCACUGUACUCUACGCGGACAAAGAAUUUCAUUAAUCACUGUUUGACGAAAGAUCUAAGCAACCGACCGACAUUUGCCGAUUUGGUCAGCACGCCUUUUUAUCAGUACUAUAAUUCGAUGGAUAAUUUGGCUGAGCUGGUUGGUUCGUACGUGGCUGAUAUGCUGGGCAAAAUAGACUUGAUCUCUCACGAAUCACUUAUUUAA